GUUUGUCUGCGAUUAAUUGAUUAUUGUGUAUAGUUUAUUUAUUCAAAGACAAGUUUCCCGUUUAGAGUGAUGGGUUUCGCCCAUGCGCAAUGCUAGCUACAGACCGCUCUUUGAAAUCUUAUGCACCGACUGUUUGAUCGCUCUUUGAAAUCUUAUGCACCGACUGUUUGAUCCAGUAGCAAGGGUGUGUUGUUGUUGACGAGGACUGUGUGACAAGUUUAUGUCCUACAGAAAUGGCCGGGAUUAAAGCUCUGAUCGGCCUGUCCUUUGGUGGGGCCAUUGGACUCAUGUUCCUGAUGCUAGGAUGUGCCCUUCCAGUGUAUGAUAAAUACUGGCCCUUGUUCCUCCUCUUCUUCUACAUCCUCGCCCCAAUCCCUUACUGCAUCUCCCGGAGAAUUGUUGACGACACAGACUCGGCCAGCAAUGCCUGCAAAGAGCUGGCUUUAUUUCUCACAACAGGCAUAGUGGUUUCAGCUUUCGGCCUGCCAAUCAUUUUCGCCAGAGCCAAUGUUAUUGCCUGGGGAGCAUGUGCGCUUGUGUUAACAGGCAACAUAGUGAUCUUCGCAACCAUUCUGGGAUUCUUCUUGGUCUUCGGAUCAAACGACGACUUUAGUUGGCAGCAGUGGUAAAAUUGGGAGUGUGGGGUGGGGGGCUAAGUCUGAACUGUUUAUAUUUCUAUAAUUAUUAUUAUGAUUGUAAUUAUGAUUACUAUUGUUGUUGUUUAUUUAUGACCACCCAUCCAUAGACACAUUAAACCAGUGCAAUCUGUUUUGACUGUCAUGCGGAAUGUCAGACUGACUUCAGGUGGAUGUGCUGUCUUUCAUUUGGACAUUCAUGUACUGUACAGGCUUAUCUUUUGACUGUCACAAUCUUUAUAAUGUUGAGAUCAAAAAUGGCCAUCUUAUCUGUGCAAAUGCAAAAAUGUCAACCUGGAUUCAGAUUGACCUAUGGGAGGGAUUGUGAUUUUUAAAAAAUUGUCUGAAAGGUGUAAUCUUUUCCUGUGACAAAGAUAUCUAACUGACAAAUGGUGUACAAUAGCGUGCUGGUCAGUCUCGAGAGGGAAGUUUCCCCCUCCAAUUGCUGACGGCACAGGAUAUUUUGUAUGGAGUAUGUGUUGUUUUUGAAGAGCACAUUGAAAGCUGUAAGCUUUAGUCUCUCAGAUUGAAACCAUUCAAUACGAAGGUAGAUACAGCAUACAUUGAUAUAAUACAUUAUCCAAUGCACUGUCCCCCAUUUGCAGUCGUCAAAUUCUAAUGACUCAGCUAUUUACAGACGCUCAUUUGAGACAGGCCUCUUGUGCUUUGUUGUUUAGCCUAGCGUAGCAUAUUCUGUUCCUUUUGAAAAAUGUCUAGAAAUCAUUGUAACCCUGUGUCAUCUUCUCUCUCUAAAACAGAGUUGGCAUCGAUUUGUUGGAGCAAGGUUUAGAAAUCAUCAAAAAUCUUCGUCAGACAGCCCAGGAUUAGGGCUAACCGGUGGAAACAUGGCCAACUUAAGAUCUAGGCUACUUAUAACCUGGGUAAUACCGCUAGGCCUGGAUUUACCAGGUAUCUUAUUGGUUUCUAUACCUGGAGUUGGAAAAAAAGGCUGCACUGUAAUUAUGUUUCAAAGAUAAAUGUGGAUGAACCCCAGUUUUUACCAAGGCACAUAAUGUUUUGGCCUAUAUUUAGUACACCUGCACUAAGAUGUACUCGCAUCCUCUUCUUGAAGGAAAUGAACUCGCCGUAUAGGCCUAAACUAGUUUUCAUGUGGUCCUUAUAUGCCUGCAUUGGGUGUGCUGAUACCAUACAUUCUCUCAGUGUAGUUUGUCAUUAGUUAAAGGUCUUAGUGAACAGUGCGCUGCAGCUUUGGAGGUUGUUACAUUUAACUGAAAUAGUCGUAGCUAAGAAGGGUAUUAAGCAGCUGUCACCCCAUGUGCAUUGGUUUGUUCAGCUGGGUGGAAGGGUUGAGUGUUUAUGAUCGCUUUUUAUUUUAUUUUGCGGGUGGAACUGUUAUCUUUGAAAAGUGGUCUCUGGAAGAGACACACAAAAAAGCUAAACCCAUCUCAAAAUAUUCCUAAAAUAACCGGAAGCACUGAUGAAUCAGGUAUCUCUUUUUGUGUCACUCAGUUUGUGAAUAGGUUUGUCAAAUUCUUAUUUCCAGUCUUCCAGAGACCACAACCUCAGUGAAGAUAGUGAUUGUAUCAUAAUGAAAACUCUUUUGCACCUUUUUGAGUUUAGCUGAACUUUUAAAUAAUAAUUAUUACCUUGAUUCAAAUUGAAACUGUUACUUUCCUUACAUCAAAACAAAUAAUCAAAUAUACAUUUACGCCUACAGCAAUGCACUGAUGGUAUAUCUACAGUUUUUGGACAUCUAAGGUAUUCCAUAGUGUUUUUAAACCACAUAAUUAGUGUUAUAGCACUGCUUAUUGAAAGUUUGAGAAAUGUCCAAUAAAUUCCAAUAUAAUUCAAUCAAACAAAUGAACACAUACAAACUGCUGUAUCAGGUCAUUCUAGUCAUGGGAUGGGUUCGUCACUGAUCUCUUUUGUGAAAGAUAUGAUGUUUCACAGACCUGAAAUAAUAUUUUAUUUAUUGAUUUUAGCGGACACUUUGUAUUUAUUAUUAUUUUAUUUUUAGUCAUUUAGCAGACGCUCUUAUCCAGAGCGACUUACAUGUCCAAUUGCCAUUUUCUAUCUACAAGUUUUGUGUUCAGAGACAGAAGUCAACAUGGUGGUUUUCUUUUCUAAAUAAAUGCAAUUUUUGAA